UAAACCACGGAGUCGAUAUGCGGUGAAUAGCUCUGGUGAUACCUCAGAGGACCAAGAUGGGGACUCCAGAGACCAAUGUCCUCUAACCGAUGAACAAUUGGUUUCAGGGUUUUCAGAUGUCAUCCUGGCAACAAUUUUGGCUACAAAGUCAGAUAUGUGUGGCAAAAAAUUUGAACUGAAGAUUGAUAAUGUUCGCUUUGUUGGCCACCCUACAUUGCUUCAGCAUGCCCUUGGGCAGGUAUCCAAAACAGAUCCUUCACCAAAGAGGGAGAUGCCCACUAUGAUCCUCUUCAACGUCGUGUUUGCCCUAAGGGCCAAUGCAGAUCCAUCAGUGAUAAACUGCCUACACAAUCUUUCCCGUCGGAUCGCCAUCGUCCUGCAGCACGAGGAGCGCCGCUGCCAGUACCUGACCAGGGAGGCCAAACUCAUCUUAGCUAUUCAGGAUGAGGUGUCUGCCAUGUCAGAAACUACCGAAGGGCCACAGUCACCUUUUCAUCACAUCCUGCCCAAGUGCAAACUGGCCAGAGAUCUCAAAGAGACUUACGACAGUCUCUGUACAACAGGAGUGGUCCGGUUACAUAUCAACAACUGGCUGGAAGUGAGCUUCUGCCUGCCUCAUAAAAUCCAUUAUGUUGCAACAAAUUUUAUUCCCCCUGAAGCGAUUGAGAGAAGCCUGAAAUCUAUCAGGCCUUACCAUGCCUUAUUACUUCUAAAUGAUGAGAAGUCAUUGCUUAAUGAGCUCCCCUUGGACUGCUCUCCUGCCCUGGUGAGAGUAAUUAAAACUACCUCUGCUGUGAAGAAUUUGCAGCAGCUGGCUCAGGAUGCUGACUUGGCAUUGCUGCAGGUUUUCCAGCUUGCUGCACAUCUCGUUUACUGGGGAAAAGCCAUUAUUAUUUAUCCGCUGUGUGAGAACAAUGUCUACAUGCUUUCACCAAAUGCCAGUGUCUGCCUUUACUCUCCACUGGCAGAUGCAUUUUCCUGUCAGUUCCGGGGCCACAAUCUGCCAUCAAUGCUCUCCAAGUUCUCCCUCCCAGUGUCACUCUCAGAGUUCAAGAACCCCCUCGUGCCACCCGUGCAGGAGACUCAGCUCAUUCAAAUGGUGAUAUGGAUGCUCCAACACCGACUCCUCAUUCAGCUCCACACCUACGUCUGUCUGAUGGUGCCCCCAAACGAGGAGGAGUUCCGUGCCCAGGAUGAAGACAUGCCCUUCACCGCCAGAGUUGGAGGCCGAAGUUUAAGCACCCCCAAUGCUCUUAGCUUUGGUUCUCCAACUAGCAGUGAUGACAUGACUCUGACAAGUCCCAGCAUGGAUAAUUCCAGUGCUGAGUUGAUACCUGGCGGGGACUCACCCCUGAAUAAAAGGAUGACAGAGAAUCUCCUGGCAAGCUUGUUGGAACACGAGCGGGAAGCUAUCCUCAAUGUCCCUGCUGCCCAAAAUCCAGAAGAUCUUCGCAUGUUUGCAAGGCUGCUUCACUACUUCAGAGGCCGACACCACUUGGAGGAGAUCAUGUACAACGAGAACAUGCGGCGCUCGCAGCUGCUGAUGCUGUUCGACAAGUUCCGCAGCGUGCUGGUGGUGACCAGCCACGAGGACCCGGUCAUUUCAGUUUUUCAGUCCCUCUUGAAAUGACUGCUAGUGGAAACCUGCCACACUCUUGAUAUUCUACAAGAUGCCUAAAAAAGAUAAGUCUGGUUCCUUCUCAGCAUACGGCGUACAGCAGGCUCUCUGCUGCUGUGUCUCCAUUUCACACCUUCCUGUGCGACAGCUCAGUUCUGUGUGAGGGGCUGUGUGCCUACUGCAGGGCAGCGUGCUCCUUCCCAGCCUGGAUUUGUGCCAUGCCACACUCACAGCACAGGAGCUGCUGUCUCGCCGACCUUCCCUGGCACUACUCCUUCAGUGGGGCUGUUGAGAUAGGUGAGAGUGGUCCAUGACUUUUACUGGAGUGUUACUGAUGUGUGGGUGGAUGCUUUGCACCAGAGGUGCUUUCCCUGCUCUCCACCACCACUUAGCAGUGGGCACUGCUCAUGAGCAGCCUGUCCUCACUGCCUGGCCUCUGCUUAAGGGCAGAGUGAAGUUGGCCUGGCUUUUAGGGGAAUGAUCCUGGGUACUGAGGAAUUAAUUCUAUCUGACCACUGUUAUCUGGAAGCAGUGGGGACAUAAAUAGAAAUGCAAAGUAUCACAAGUAAACAGUUUUGUGAAUGAAAAUGAUUUGCUUGUCUUAUUACAGCUUUCCUCUGCCCAGGACCCUUAUUACAGAGUGUCUGUAGGGGCACUGCUGUCACCAGGCAACCCAUUUGUUAGCUGAUUUGCAGGUCUGUUUUAAAUUGUGGUGGGAGGAAGUUGGUUGGCUCUGAGGAGGACUGAACCUGGCUGGCUGUGCUGCAGGUGCAGCAUUGUAUCAGUUCCCCAAAGCUGCAGACUAAUGGCAGUCACGCUUGCCCCUCCAGGGCCUGUUUUGUUGCUCUGUCCCACUAUGGCUGCAGGGAAGCAGAUUAGGGAGCUGGCCUGCACUAAAGCUGUCCGGAUGAAAAACAAGGUACAGGGAUGUCCAUGGCUCUGCUUCCUGAUUUGGUCCAGCAAUCUUCAUUCAGCUAUGCCAAGGCUACAACAAGAGGCAACAGCACAGACAGCUGCCACUUUUUUGGCUGCAUCGUGAAUGUAAGCCAGCUAUGAUGGUGGAACCGGGCUGGGCUGCUCAGCCAAAGCAGCUGCACUGGCAAUUGCUGCUCUGUUCAGGAAGGAAAGACCAAGCGAGAGCCCAGGCUGUCUGCACAGCUCUAUACCCGAGGAGGGUGGGGAGAUCUUUGCUUCUAUGGUGCUGGUGGCUUCCAGGGGUGUGUGGUGUUCCUCAUUUAGACUUUCCCUUAUUACACACACACACAAGCUGGAGCUUUUUCCCAGAGCUGCAGGACUGUGAGUGGGGCUUCACUUGCCCACACAACUGGAGGUGAAAAUGUGAGCAUUGUACAACUUACCUGCAGUCAGCAAGGAACAGCACAGGGCCUGCAGCGCACUGGAUUCCCGAUGGGAGCUACUUCAGCACAAUCCCUUUUGCGAGCCUUCCUGCAGCUACAAGCAGGGAUGUUACAGAAAAACAAAAGUGAUGUCUGAGCUGAAAUCAGCACAACACCGGCCCACCCAGUCCCCAGCAGCUGCAUCUGAAGUGUGAUUCAUCACCCUGCCAGCAAGGAGCCUAGGAACUUAUGGCUCCCCACAGCCACUGGGACCGGCUGCUCCCCCUCAUUUUGGUGAAGGUGAAGCAAAGACGCAGCUCUGAGCAGAGAAAAUCCCCUGCAAGGAAGAUUUCCAGCCCAAAUGGGACAGAAAUACUUCUCCAGUAUUUUCCAUUGGAAAGCAGGGAAGGUCUUCUUCUGACCCUGAGUGGGAGAGGUGAGGGCCUGGCAAUGCAGCCUGUGUGCUGCCCCACACAGUGCUUGUUGUGCGGGGCUGCCCACGGCAUUCCUCCCCUCCGCCUCAGCACUGGGGAUGCUGCUCUGCAAGGACUUCCUUUCCCUCUCCAGCCGCAAACAUCUGGAGCUGUGCUCAAGCCUGGCAAAGGCUCUUGUAGCCCAGCAGAUCCCCAGGGACCCGCAAUUCCCCCAAAUAGAAUCCCUCUCCUAUUUUGUACAAGUGCCACAACAAGCUGCUCUCAGCUCACAAACUGAAAGCCCGAUCUCUUGCUGUUGCCAGGUGUGCCUACUGCCUUGCACUGCACAGAGCCCCCCUGCCCUGUGCACAGCUCCGUGAAACAAACACUUCCAACAGCUGUCCGCAAUCUGUUUGCAGGCACUCCCUUUGCUAAGGAAGGGAAUGAAGCUAAUCUGGCAGCCAAAAGCUGCUGCAGUGAUUUAGAGCUCAAAGAUCAUUUUAGAUUUUUAAGAACAUCCUCCACGUCCUAAUUCUGCUUUUCAUCCAUGCACACAGAAAUAUCCUUCACGUUGGGAUGCUCUUGCAUCUGAGGAAUGGCUAAUUACACUCCUUGCCCUCAUCCAUCACAGAUGCAAGUAGAAACUGCGGGCACUUGAAUUCAAGUGUCCUUGUGAGCUGAUGUGAAUAAAGGCACAUGCUGAGAGCAGCUGCAGCGCUCCCAGACCCCCACGCAGCAGUAGCAGGGUACCUGGCAUUUGUCUCCAGCUGCUCUGUGAGCAUUUCCACUGGAAAGCUUUCCAGCUCUUUCUAGCUAUGUGCACCACAGAUGAGAAUUAGAGCAAGACCGCCAGGGGAAGACAGGAGCUCAGGGAUGCCACAAUGAGCUACUGCUUUCUCUGCCCACUCCUCCUAGGAGGACGUUUGGGACCUCCUGAGGGUGCUUGCACAUCAGUUUUAUUUAACUGCUAAGCAGUAGCCGCAUCCUUCUGGCUCACCUCCUGCCUGCCAGAGUGCUGCAGCCUUCUCUGUGCAGCCUGCCCAGCUUGCUCCCAGGGCUACUUGCCUUCAGCAGCUGCCUGACACAGACACUGCUGUUGGCAGGAGUGCCCGGCCCGUGCUCCAGCCCAGAAACACCACACAUUGCCCUCCCACGCCUAGCAGAGUCACUCCAUGUAAGGAGUGGAUUUAGAGCUAAAAGCUGGGAUCUGACAACAAGGAAGAGGCCGGUUCUGUCCUUGGGCAGUCAGGAAUCACAGAACGAUAAGGAAGUCCCACACCCGCGCUGCGCUGCUCGCUUCUCCUUCCCUGGACUGACUCCAGCUCUCACUCUUGGAAACAGCUCCUGGAUGCCGGAGAGAAGAAAAUUUUCUCCUCUCUCCACCCAUCUGACUCACUGUUCCCAAAACACUUCCUUCAAAGUCCCGGUCUGGGAUCCCCGCUGUGUGACCCCGCGCCUGGGUACAGAAUCACCGGGAUCCCCGUUUUACAAGAGAUUACUUCAGGUCUGGCAGCAAAAUGCUCACAUUGGCAAACUCCUGACAAACAAACCACAGCAAAGUCAAAGAGAAGCUCGACCAGCAAUUACUGCCUUCCUGAAGUGAGGGAAGCCCAGUGUGCCUCUCAGCUCCUGGGAAAGCUCUGUGUGCUAAGAUGAUUCUGCUGCCAGCACCAAGAUGCGCUGUGGGAUUCAUGUGCACUGAGACACUGGGUAUAUUUUGCUAUCAUUUAGGAUUUCUCCUCAGUGCAAAGCAAUGUAGAGAUACACCACGUGGCUGUCAGCAGCAACAGGAAGGCCUCUUCCAGUAAAAUCCUACAGGACUCAGCUUUACCUCAGUGAUGUACACAAAGAUUCCCCCUUCGUCCCUUUAUUAUUUGCCAGUAUUUCAAAUGCUAAGAGCCCCGUUUUGAACAAAGAAUCAUUCUGCUUUCGUUAUCUGAACAGCUUUGGCAGAGACGUGGUAAUGCAGUUCACAUGUGUUCAUCCAUCAGACUCCAGACUUCCACUUAGGAAGACAGGCUCUUUCCCCACACUAUUACCUGGCACUGUUUUUCUGCUUGGCUACCUUCCAAAGGCCAAAACCAGAGGGCUAAUGGUCAUCAUCACAACGCAUUCUGCUGUGGAAUAUACAAUAUGCUGUAUCUUGGAAAUGGUGGAAAAGAAUUUUUUGAGAUUUUUCAAACAAAAUCAGUGUUUAAGAAACACAUACUGCAAUUUCAAGGUACGUAAUUAACCAAAACCAUUCUUUUUCUGAGGCAAAAACUAUCAUCUGUAAGGAAAGCAACACCUGCUUGUUAAAAGGAGAAUCAUUUGAUUAAGGAUUGGUUUAUUAUCAUGAGAGCAAUAAAGGAGGAUUGCAGAUCCUGUCACAGCCUGCUUUUGAGAUUUUCUUUUUUAGUUUGUUUUUCUUGAAGAUAAAGCAAAGCAGCUAAAAAGCUUCUGUAGCAACUCAGAUAAAAUGCUCAGACAUCUUAGAUCUUUUCGUUUUCCUUGGCAUUUAGUUUCUGGGGAUAAAGGCAGGAGACAGAAAACUUUCUUCUCCUGACAGUGGACACCAAGAUUUAGACUUUCACUAGACUGCAAGUUUCUUUUCACACCACCACCCUGAAGGAACAAAGUGCACCGCAUCACAGGGAUGAGGCAUCAGCUCGGGUCAUCCAAACCGGAAGCACCAUCCUGCAAAGAUUCCCUUCCAGUCCUUGAUCUUUAUUUCUGCAUCUGAACAGCACCAAAAUCCCAGCUGGCUGUGUAGCCAGAGAUGGCCCUGCUGAUAGUUUUUGAAGCUGACACAUAGGCCACUGAAUGUGCUUUGGCCUCAACUCACCUUGGCUGGAAACGUUCACGCAGAAAUAAAUCCCAUAGAUCUGAUA